AAGAAACGGAAGCCGGAAAGGGACAUUCUGCAUAUUCUCUACAGUAAGUGGUGCGCUCACUCGGACACUUCGGGAGGAAUGUGCGUUAGUAGUCUUCUAACGUUAAAGUCAAAGGCAAGCGAAAGUCUCCACUCAUGUUGACUGGAUGUAGAAGCCUUUCUUGGACCUUUUUUUCACUCACCUAUAGAAGACUCUGUACCAGAAGGAGCUUGACCUCACAGGCUGCUCUGUACUUCUCUGACUCAACAGUUUCAUCCAUCCCUCCAGCUCUCCCUUCAUAUACUCACAGUCACUGCUUCUUUACAAGCCAACAGGCCUCAGUCCCCCUAUACUCCUCUCUUCACUCUCUUUCUGCUCACUGUUCAGGCCCGAUGGAGCUAAAAGAAGUUCUGCAGGUGUUGGAGCAACUUGCUCCUCUGUCUCUGGCUGAGUCCUGGGACAAUGUCGGCCUGCUGAUCGAACCCAGCAAAUCUCGGCCUGUUAAAACCAUCCUGCUAACCAACGACCUUACAGAUCCUGUCAUGGAGGAAGCAGAGGCCAUGAACUGUGACCUCAUCAUCUCAUAUCACCCUCCGUUAUUUCGGCCAAUCAAGCGUCUGGUUCAGAAAGAUUGGAAGCAGCGAUUGGCCAUCCGGGCUGUGGAGGCCGGGAUAGCGAUCUUCUCCCCUCACACUUCGUGGGAUAGUGUUAAAGGAGGAGUGAACGACUGGCUGGUUGGGGGUCUAGGUAGCGGCCAGGUGUCUGUGCUGAGUCAGGCCCUUGGUGGCGCCUCCCACAGUCACAAACUGGAAUUCACCGUCAGGAGCACAGAGGAACUAAACACUGUUAUGGAGGAACUGAAGGCUUGUGACAGUGAAACAACACUACAACAUUCAGUCGGCAGACCAGACAACAGUGGGAUCCAUGCCAGCGUAACCUGCAGUGACUCAGCGCUGACCCCCAGUGUCCAGACUCUGUUACGACACAAUGCUCCCAGCCAGUCCUUCAGCAUCCUAAAGUUAGAAAAGCCCCCUCUCCCGGGCCAUGGCCAAGGACGACUUAGUGUUUUGGACCAGUCAGUAACUGUGGCAACAGCCAUCCAGAAAAUGAAGUCCCACUUGGGUUUGAGUCACCUCCGUUUGGCUUUGGGAUUGGGGCAGACGUUAGAGUCCUCUGUGUGCACAGUGGCUGUGUGUGCUGGAUCUGGGGCCUCAGUACUUAACGGAGUUAAGACAGACCUCUACAUCACAGGUGAGAUGUCCCACCAUGAAGUGUUGGACGCCGUGGCGAAGGGAACUAACGUCAUCCUCAGUGACCAUAGCAACAGUGAGCGGGGUUUUCUGGCUGUGUUCAGGGAGAAGCUGGCUGUGCGUCUUCCUGACAGUGUAACCGUGGUGGUUUCAAAGGCUGACAGAGACCCCCUGGAGGUGGUCUGACUGAUUGGGGAGCUACAGUUGCACUAGUUUGUUGGAUUCAUUUUCACUGUUUUGAUUGGAUCAAAUUAACGACACCUUCUGCUGCGGUGCGAUUCAAAUGGAUGUGUGUGAUAUGAUUGCAUUAAAAUAAAGAAAAAAAUUCCAUGCAGGCUCUUUAUGUAAGGCUAUAUAGUGACUGUAAAAGAGUAUUUCAGUAUAUCUGGGCCAUCUGUGCCAUAUCAUCCUUUGGUAUGUUAUGUUGAUUAUCGUGUAUUUCUUGCAGGGUCUUAAUAAAAUGCGUUCUGGUUGAUCACAAAAAUUGACU